GCAGUUGGGAGAAUAAUGAGGCUGUGGCUGUCACUGAACACUCCUAUUUAUUACUCGGUUUCAUUCAAAGAAACAGAUAAUCUGUCACUUAUUAUGUACCUUCCUUAAUUUAAUUUGUACCCACCCAUUAUAUAUAUUGAAGUACUAAAAAAAGAGAAAAAGAAAUCAUCACCACAACUGAGUGAAUAUGUCACAUUAUUACCACACCACCAUCCUCCUCCUCCUCCUCGCCACCGCCGCCACGGCCGCCGGUGCAAGUAGUAGCAACAGCAAGUACCACUACUACGUCCACCGCUCGAGCGGCGUCGGAGAAGGAUUGUUCGACGGGAUGGUGGCGGAUUCCGGGUCGCCUGCCCCUUCGCCGGCCCCUUUCGGCUCUCCGCCGCCGGACCCGUCCGUCUCCCCGCCGCCGGAGGAUAAUAACUCGAAUUGGAGUCCGGACAAGUACCAGAGGAUCGUGUACAGAGGGCUGCAGACGGCGCCGGCGUGCAAUGCGCUCCGGUACGGCAGCUGCCUCGGCCAGGCUCUCAAUGUCCAGAAGAAAUGCGACUACUUGAACCGCUCUUGCAUUCGCUGAUUCAUAUAUGGUCACCAUUUUCUUUACCCAAAAAAGAAAAAUAUAAUAGUAUGUUUUUUUUAAUUGGAUUAAUAUCUCUUUUAAUCCUCCCCAAAUUGUAGCUUUUAUUUUGUCACAUUUUGUCAUCUUAUUUUUAAAAUUUAAGCAUAAUAUAACGUGUAGCAUUAUAUUCAUCUUCUUUGAUUUAUCUCCCUUUUUUAUUUUAAGAUUGAGAAAAGUGCAUCGCUUUUCCUGAACUAUAUGGAAAUUGCAUGGUUUAUUGCCGAAUAUUAAAAAAUGUACCGUUUA